AUGUAUACUAUAAUGCCGCCUGCUGCGCGAGUGUGACUCCGUAUUUUUUUUUUGCUUCGAUACAGCGUACAGCGUAUAUAUUUUAACGCAGACGAAAAACAGUCGACGCGUAGGUGUGUGUGUGUGGUAGUGUAUAGAGGCACAUCAUCGUCGUCGUCGCUUCGCGGCGCGUAUGUAAUAGGUAGUAAUCAGUUGGCCACCUUCUACUCCGCCAGCUCCGCACAGAGUUAGUUCGUGGAUCGUAAUAUAUAGCAGUAGAUAGAUGCCCAGCAACCGACGAGUUCGAGUUUCGUGCAGUUCCAAUCGAGAGAGUUGAAUAGAACGCCAAACGUCGAGAGAACUACACGAGAUAGAGGUUUUGUGCGUGGAUCGUGUAUAUAUAAGCAAGACGACGACGACGACGACUACAACUACUACUGCUUAGCACGAGCAGAUCGAUACGAUAAUAGCCUAUAAAAAAAAAAACAUGGUGAAGAAUAACAUCGUAUACCAACGAGUAGUGAUCGCGAAAUUGCGAACUGAACUAUGAACUGCUGAGCGAACGUCAUGAGACUUGUAUUAUAUCUGCAGCAGCAGCAGCAGCAGCAGCAGCAACGGCGGCGGCGGCGACAAGGAGCGUCUGCUACGUCGUAGUAUACGAGAGUAUUUCUUCUCAUCAUCGCCGACUAUAUAUAACGUAGUGACUGCGAAACUACGGGCAAGAGCAACAGAAUGUGCCAGCAGAUUCCCCGUGCUCGGACGCGUAUAUAGUUGAGCUCUGCGUGCCGCGUGAGUUUCGCGCAGCAUCAUCAUCAUCAUCUCCUCGUGUGCCGAGUUCUGCUGCUGAUUUGGCAUCGUUGUAUCCCGCGCGACUCCUGCAUACACGCACUCAAUCACGUUGUCGUGUUAUGUACAUUGGCAAAAAAACGUCGUCGUCGUCGUCGUCUUAGUCGUCGCGACUUUAAUGACUGAUUAUAAUAACGCGCCGAGUCGUCGUCGUCGUCGAUUAUCCUGCAGUUUUCCGUCGUCAUCGUCGCGUCGCGAACGAGUGUGGUUGUUCAGUGCAUGUGUCAAAGUCGGAGUUGUCGUCGUUGUUUAUUGAAAUCAUCGACCGUGUAUAAGCAGCACCGAGGCGGCGGUGGCACCCACGUGGACCUCUUAUCGGCCAAGACGUUUUUUUUUGCACGACAAGAAGAUAGAGAGGAGCAGCGGUGUAUAUAAGCAGCAAAAUCUCUUCCGUUGCCGCCAACUUUCCUGCAUCGCCGCCAGCCAUGACUGCGUAGGCGCCCUGUAUAUGGUGUUAUAACAUAUAGCGAGCCUCACGCUUCGCACAAUGAUUUUGAAUGGUAUUGGAUCCAAAAGUAACAAGUCUCCACAGUGAUUACGGGAGCUUCGACAAGCCUCUAGGUGGAGACAACGGUCACGAUAAGGAUAUUGAAGCAGCUGUUGAUGGCACCAGUGGUGGAAUGGCUCAAUCAAGCGAUGUUUAUCAGAGGCAACCUUUGCUUCCUGGUGCUUCAAUAAAAAAUAAAGACAAAUGGAGUGGAGUUGCUUCCAGCUCAAAUUACUAUGAAGAUGAUGAUGAUAAAAUAGAUAGUUUAGGUCACAUUAGACAUCCAGACUUAUCAAAUGGCUCAGGUAGUGGAAUUAUUAAAAUUGAUAUUCCAGCACCUCUUAAAGAUGAACCAAGAUUCCCAAAAGAAAAGUGGAAAACGUUUGUUGGUUUUCUAUUUAUGGCGAUGAAUUUUAUAUUUACUACUCUCUCCCUUGCUCUGGUUCAUGAAAGAGUACCUGAUCGUUCUGUUUAUGGUCCUUUACCCGAUAUUGUACUUGAUAAUAUAGCAGCUGUAGAUAAAGCUUUGGAUGUAUCGGAAUAUUUAAUUAUGAUUAUGUCUAAUUGCACAGUAAUUUUAGUAAUAUUCCAUAAACACAGAUUUAUUGUUGCUAGAAGACUAUUUUUAUUAAUGGGGUUGUUGUAUAUGAUGAGAAGCAUAACAAUGUAUGUUACAGUACUUCCUAUGGCUAGUACAACUUAUGUUUGCAGUCCAAAAGCCAAUAAUUCAAGUCCAUCACUUAUUGCUGGACGAGUAGCUCAAUUAAUUUCUGGUUUUGGUUUAUCAAUUAAUGGAAAGCAUACCUAUUGUGGAGACUUCAUAUAUAGUGGACAUACAGUUGUACUUGUACUUAGUUACCUGAUUAUUAAAGAAUAUACUCCUAAAAAAUGCUAUCCACUCCAUUGGUUGGCUGGUAUAACAUCGUUUGUUGGUGUAAUUUUGGUUUUGAUUUCUCAUGGCCAUUAUACAGUAGAUGUUAUAAUUGCAUAUUACAUUACAACUCGUCUAUGGUACAUCUAUCAUACAAUGGCAAAUAAUGCACAGCUCAAAUUGAAUGGGCCAAAUAAUUUUUUCACAAGACUUUGGUGGUUUCCUAUUUUUAUGUAUUUUGAAAAAAAUGUGAAUGGUGUUGUUCCACGACAGUACGAGUGGCCUCUACCUUGGCCUCGAAGAUUACUUGCCAAGCAUCCAAAUAGAGACAGUUAAUAUCUGUGUGAGCUUCGUAAAGGAGCUGAUGUUUCCACAGUGAUAUUUAAUGUAAAUACUUACAUAAGUUUAUGAUAUAAAUUCUUAUUGGGUGAGAUACUUUGUGAAGUAAGCUCAUUAUUUCAAGAAGAUGAAAUAUUAACAAAAUUUUAAGACAUACUAAUAAUAAUAUACAAGUCUAUUUGGUAUUUGAAUUGAAACGCUAAAGCUCAAACUGCAACGCUGUUUUUUCGUAAAAUUGAUAUAUUCUUUUAUAAUUUUAUGACUCUCUUCUUGAUUUUGAUACAAUGUUUACAUUGAUAGAAAUAGGAAAAAUUCAGAAAUAAUGUAUAUUCUUUAACUUGUAGUUAAUCAAGUGGAAUAUGACUGUUAUUACUAAAUUCUGCUAAAAUAUUUUCAAAAUAUCAAUGUUUCAGAUAUUUGUUAAUUGAAUAUACCAUAUCUUAAUCAAUGAUAGUUCAAUUUCUAUUUGAAUUGAUUAAUGAAGUUACGAAAUUUUUUAAUAUAAGUUUAAGUACGACUAGUUCUUAUUGGUAUGGAAUACAUAAUUUAAGCAAAACGAUUAAACUCAAUAAUUGUUAGUUCUAUUUGGUUUAUUACUAUAAAUUUUUCCAUGUAAAAUAUUUAAAUAUUAAUUUAUUACAUUUAUUGACUGACAUAAUGUUUGAAAAUAGCGUUGAAAUGUUUUUUGUAAUGUUAAAUUCUGCGAUUUCAUGGGACCAAUCACAUUUGAUCGCAAAUUCUUAAAAGUUUUUUAUUUUUAUUUAUUUGAAUUAAACUUUUAGUAAAUGUAUUUAUUGUUGUAAAUAUCCAAAAAUUGAAGUUGUCCAACUUUGAUGAUGUGAAAAAGGUUCAAUAAUAUUAAUACUGCGCAAAAUAAACUUUUUGACUGAAUAUUAUUAUUGUUUUAGUCAAACACACGAAAAAAUUCAAUACCUGUGAGAUAACUAUUUCUAAUCUUGUUUUGUAUUAUCCAAUGAGGCAAUUUGAGUAUCGACUGUGUUAAAUUUGAAGAAAAUUCACAAACAAUCGACUACAUAAAAGAAACGCUUUAAAAACUUCUCUUCAAUAGAAAUGAACUUUCAUUUCAGAAAAGUUAUGAUGUAUAUUCGAACAUGCACAAUGUAAUCGUCGUUUUAAUCUAAAAUGAAAAGUCAGGAAAAAAACAUAAAAAAAUCGCAACAUUCAUUGAUCUAAAAAUAUCUGAAUAAAAUUCCAUCAAAAGGGACAAUUUUAAAAAAUACUAAAUUUUCAAAUUUUUCAUUGUGGUUAGAUUAAAAUCUUCAUCAAUGUCCAUGCUUGUAAUUAUACUUGCCUUCUUGCGUAAGGACUUACGAUGUAAAAAAGUGGUAUCGUAAAGUUUAGGGCUUGUUCGUCUAUUGGUAUUAUUCAAUAGUUUCAUAAAUAAGAAAGUCUAUAUCUUAUAAGCAUAAAAUAAUAUUGUGAUCAGUGUGAAUAAUUAGAAUCUUCAAUGCCUAUGCAUACAUAGUUAUUCCAAAUGAAUUUGAGAAUUAUAAAAAAACUGGCAUUUUUAUGCAUACUUUAUGAAGUAGACAAUCCAAAAUGCAUAAGAAGUUAUCUGCAAGAUGCUUUUUACAGUUUUUUAAAAUUUUACUCUACUAUCUUAAAAGUGCUAAUUUAUACAUUUGACUUUAAAAUUAAUUAUUUUGUGUCAUGUUUAAAACUGGGCUCUUUUGAAUUAGUUUGAUAAAGAGGACGAAAUUAGUUUACCUAAACAAAAACACAGAAAAAUCUAAGAAUCUGUGGCAAUGCAAAGACAAAAAACAUAAUGAAGCAAGAUCUUAUAUAUUAAUCAUAUUUAUAUCUGCAAGUUCUUUGAAGACAAAGUUAUUUUUUUUUUAAAUUUAAACUUGUCUUUAUAGAGCCCAUUAUAAUUCUAAUAGCAAAAUGGAACAAGCGUUCAAUGAUUUGUUAUAAUUCAUUGUAAACAUCUGUAAAUGUAAAAAGAUUAAUGAUGAUUACUGCACAAUUUCUUUUAAUGCAUAAAAAAGAAUUAUGAUUUAUAACAGAGCUUAGAACACUAAUUUAUGCGACUACAUUUAUAAGUUGCAGCUAUUUUAUGUUUUCAAGUUGAUCACUUUAAAUUCAAGCACAAAUGAGACAUUUUAAUUAAAAUGAGUAUGGUAAUUGAUUGGAUGAGUACUCAGCAUGAGUACCUUCGUUCGUGCAUCAGUUGAAUUUUUCUGAGAUUGAAAAUUCAUUUUCUCUGAAAAUGAAUUUGUAUAUUUGAGGUGCAAAAUAUAUUCAAAUAAGCGCAAUUGAUUUGUGCUUUGGUACAUUGUUAGUGUAUUAUAGUCACACAGAUUUUGAAGAAUGAAGUGAAGCAGCUGUUUUUAUCUGAAGGGCAAAUGUAUAAAAAAAAACAUGAAAUGAUCAAAGUGCGCAUGGUCGUACUUCAUGUGGAUAAAUUAUAAAAACUUAUAUUUUUCGUGUAGAUAUUUUAUAGUACUUUGUUAAAAAAAAA